CGACUCACCGCUAGCUUAGCAACUUCCUAUUGUUGCAAAAGCAUUCCCCCAAAAAGAACAAACAAUGGCAUCACAACUUCUCUACCUUAUCCUAGCUCUUCCCGUCAUAAUAACACUCCUCAUGUUCCUUCACCGUUAUAAGCACAAGCAAACCUCAAGUUCUCAUCUCCCACCUGGCCCUCCAGGUCUCCCGUUGAUAGGCAACUUGUUCGAUAUCGAUUCCUCUGCUCCUCAUCGCUCGUUGUGGCGGCUCUCUCAGGUAUACGGAACCUUGAUGUCGUUGAAACUGGGUCGCACUCGAGUUCUCGUGGUUUCCUCCGCCAGAAUGGCCGAGGAAGUCAUGAAAACUCAUGACCUUGUGUUUUGUAGCAGACCAUCUCUAACUGGUUCGAACCAUCUGUCCUACGACCGUUUGGACGUGGCGUUUGCCCCCUAUGAUGCUUACUGGAGGGAGAUCAGAAAGAUAUGUGUCGUCCACCUCUUCAAUUCGAACAGGGUUCAAAGCUUCUGUCCAAUAAGAGAGGGCGAGGUUAAUCAAAUGAUUGAGAGGAUAUCAAGAUAUAUUUCAUAUGAUUCCAAACCUUUCAACUUGUCGGAAUCCAUGUUGUCCAUGACGAGUACAAUUAUUUGUCGGACGGCUUUCGGCAAGAGUUUAGAGGGAAAUUAUGGAGCUGAUAUGAGGAGUAAACUCGACUUGAUGCUUAGAGAAUCCGGUGCCAUGUUUACUGGCUUCUUUUUCUCUGACCAUUUUCCAUCUUUGGGAUUUCUCGAUAGAUUUACAGGUAUGAUGGUCCGGCUCAAGAAAAACCGUAAGGAACUGGAUGAUUUCUAUCAAGAUAUCAUCGAUGAACAUCUUAACCCGAAAAGAGCAGAGUCGGCGCAUAAGGACGUUUUGGAUGUUCUUCUUGGAAUCAUGAAGGAAGGACCCUUUAAAGUCCAACUCACAGUUGACCACAUCAAAGGAAUUCUCAUGAACAUAUUUAUAGCUGGAACAGACACAAGCGCAGCUACUGUGGUAUGGGCAAUGGCAUACCUAAUGAAGAACCCAACAACAUUGAGGAAAGCUCAAGAAGAAGUUCGACAAGUUAUCGAGAAGAAAGGCUUUGUAAAAGAAGAAGAUAUUGAACGACUACCCUACCUCAAAGCUGUCGUCAAAGAAACCAUGAGACUGCAACCUGCAGCUCCACUGUUGCUUCCAAGGGAAUCGAGUCAAGAUUGCUACUUAAAUGGGUACAAAAUACCUGGGAAAACUACUGUUUAUGUCAAUGCCUGGGCCAUUGGAAGAGAUCCUGAAGCUUGGGGAGAGAACACAGAGGAGUUUAAGCCAGAGCGAUUCAUGCAGAAGUCCAUUGAUAUGAAAGGCGCGGAUUUUGGGCUGAUACCGUUCGGAGCUGGAAGAAGGAUGUGUCCUGGAAUUCAUAUGGGACUUGUGACCGUGGAGCUCUCUUUGGCCAAUCUGCUUUAUGCUUUUGACUGGGAAAUGCCGGUUGGAACGAAGAGGGAAGAUUUGGACAUGGAGGUUUCACCUGGUCUUACCAUGCAUAAGAAAAAUGCUCUUUGGCUUGGGCCUAAGAAGUGUGUUUGCUUAUAAUGGUCGGGACAUCCAUGUUUUGUACGGUUCCGUUUAUUAUGAAAUAAUUUCAAAUAUUUUUAGGGUGUUGUGUGUACGUAUUAUGGUGAUGGGUUAUAUCACAGUAAUAUUGUUACUAAUUCAGUGCCACAAUAAUAACUGUUUUAAAGUGUA